GCCCUAAUACCUUUUAGAGAGAGAGAGAGAGAGAGAGAGAAUAUGUACCUGUAGAAGAAACUCACCCGAUCGGCAUUCAUAGAUGUUAUCUUCCGGAGAGAGCAGCUAAAAGAAGCAAAAUACCACCCUAAUGGCGGGCAGGAAAUCAACGGUGGAACUUCCAGAAGGCUGGAUCGAAGAGGCCAAAACCUCAAAUAGACGCAAGACCAAGACUUUUACAAAUGUGGAGACUGGUCAAAAGUUCUACUCCAAGGCAGAAGUCAUGCGCUAUGUUAACAGGGAAAGCAUCUCACAAGUCACGCCUCAAAAACUAAGUCCGAAGAGCACUCCUCAACAACCGGUAAAGCAAAGCACUCCUCAAAAACCAAGUCCGAAGAGCACUCCUCCACAACCGGUAAAGCAAAGCACUCCUCCACAACCGGUAAAGCAAAGCACUCCUCCACAAUCGAGUCGACGAAAGAGGUUGGCCACAGAAGAUGAACCAGAGAAGGAAACAGAGCCAGUGAUUACAAAUGAAACACCAGACUGGUUACCUUCCGGAUGGACAAUGGAGGUGAAACCUUCAAAGGGUAGUGCGAGAGACUGCAAGAUAUAUAUUGAACCAUCAACUGGUCGGAAAUUCUACUCAAAGCCGCAAGUGUUGCAGCAUACCAAAAUUCCAGAACAGGUGGACACCACAUCCAAAAGAACAAGAAGUAGUCGUCAUGGUCCUGAAGAUAGCUCUCUGGGCAAACCAAAAAAUCCAGAAAAUGGUUCACCUAGCAAACUGAAGAAAGUACAUGAUAACUCAAUUACCAAAGGAAAGGAAACUGUAGAUGAUAGUCCUGCUGAGUUGAAGGAGAGAACAGAUGCUACUCUUGGUGAUGAAAAUCCAAAUUUCGAUUGGCUUCCUUCUGAUUGGAAAAUGGUGAUCAAAACGAAAAGUAGUGGUCAAAAAUAUAAGUGCUAUAUUGAUCCAAAAACUGGGUCCAAAUUCUAUUCUAGGCCAGAAGUAAUUAAGCACUUAAAUGUUGAAAAUAGUGGUGGUAUAUCCUUGUCAAAGAAAAUAGAAGUUGCCGCUUCCCAUGGAAAAUCAAAGAAAAAGGUUGUGAUUGAGAGGGGCACACCUGAUAAGCUUCCUUCUGGUUGGAUAAAGGAGAUCAAGAUUGAAAGGAAAGGGCUCGGUAUCAGAAGGGACCCGUUCUACACAGAUCCUGUAAGUAGAUAUGUAUUUCGUUCGCAAAAUGAUGCGCUUCGCUAUAUUGAAACUGGAGACAUCAAUAGUUGUGCGAUCAAACCUAAGCUAAGGGAUGAACUGGAUUGGCUAAGUGGGGAUAUUUCUCCUUCACCAGCAGCAGCAGCAGCAGUUGAUGGUAGGAAAUCACAGGCUCAAACCACUAAGAGAAGUCGUUUUGAAGGUAAACAGACUGAUACUAAUUCAGGCACUUUGGAAACAAAGAGUGAUAACGGUGGAUCUACAAAAAGACAACGUCUAAGCAGAUCAUCCUCGAAUAAAACCAAUGAAACUCUCGAUGAUAAUACCUUUAAAGAGGAGCAGCAGCAGCCGAUCACUCCUUCUCCUCCCAAAAGCCAAUCUCGCAGAAAAGCUACAUCCUCGAGAAAAGCAGCCUACAAGACUGAAAACUCGCCAGCAGAUGGAAACCGAACCAGUGGCAGGAAGAAGGCAGUUACAACUACCCCGAAAGAACCAUCGGUCCCUUCUCGCUCUUCACGACGAAUCUCGACCCAGCUCAAAGCAGAGGAGGAAAAGGUUGACCAACCGGAGGAAGUCCUCCCGGUUCAAGCCGAACCGAUAAGUAGCUUCACAGUCAAACCAACUUUAGCCGAAACCCUAAAUGAUGCAUUGGGAAUUGACGUAACUAAUAUGAGCGAAGGAGAAGGAGUAGAAGAAGAGUUCUCUUUAACCGGGGUUGGAAAUUCUCCAAGGAAAGAAGAAACAACCAAAGAUGAACUCUUUCAAUUCGGAGGUUCUUCUUGGCGUGACAUUGAUAUUAUUAAGGAACCAGAACCGGAAUCAGAACCAGAACUUGAACUGGAACCAAAUUGGCUCGAUCGACCGCUUGACUUCGUACUUAAUAAUUUGGUCAAUGAAAAUUCAACUGCAACUGCACCUCCAACUGCACCUGCCCCUGUCCCUGCCCCUGCCCCUGCUGCCCCUCCUGUUGUUCAGGAUUAUUUCCGCGAACAUAAGAAAGUGGAUGAUGAUAAUCAACAUAAUCACGAUUUGGGUGCGCCCGGUUUUACCAACUUUAAUUUUCUUAAUCAGGGAAAUAACAUUCCGGCUUCACCUGCUUCCAGUCAAUUCACUUUUCUUCAGAGCAGCAAUGUUUCUCCUUCUGUAAACCAAUCACUAUCGCCUGCAAAUCCUUUGUUUCAUUCUGGAAUCAUGCCUUCGCCUGCUAAUCCUCUUUUCCCUCCGAACAACAACAACGACGACAACAAUCAGUCUCCUUCUAUGCCUGCUAAUCUGAUUUUUCCACCUGGAGGGUUUGGUUUCCAGUGACUACUGAGGUGUGAUUCUCUACUAAGUUGAGUUAAAUGUGUUGUUUUAUAAUAAUUGUGUUGGGUGGAUUAGACAGACAGGCCUAGAAAUUUUGAUUUCUGGAUUUGUUUGUUUGUUUUGUCUGCCCUGACAUUUAUAUGUUAUGUCCAAUGUUGUAGCGGUGACAUUUAGAACCUUACUACUCAGAUUUUAGAUUAGAUGGGUGGUCUUAUGAUCUAUCUUAUCUAUUUAUCUUUAUGUGUAAUGUGUGUAAUGCUAUCUUAACUAAUGUAUGUAUUGUGUGUAAUGCUAUAUUGACUUAAUGAUGUGUGAUGCUAUUUAGACUAAUUUUUAUGACAACAUUUCUCAUAUUUAUUAUUAUU